GGGCAAAUCAGGCAAUUCGUGAACACAAUCACGCCUCUGGCGAUGGGACAGCGCUAGAAAAAAUAGUGCCGAGGCAGCGCCUCCCCACGACCGGUGCCCUGCAAAGUAGGCAGGGGCUGCCAAGACACCCUGGCACCUGAGCCCUGGCAAUUGAAAGGAUGCGCCAGAGCUGGCCAGGGCACAGACAGCGCUCGCGCACGUCGCGCGACGGCAGGAUCGACAUGGCCCGCGGGCCACGGUACGUCGACUUCGGAGCCAUCCACCGCGACCGCCAGCGGCGGCGGGACGCCAAGGCGUCGGGUCAUUUGGGGAACGUCGGCCAAGAUGAGUUCACGGCAGACGGCUUGGUGAAGGCUGCACCACGCCCGCCGCGGAGCCACACGACUAGCACGUUCGAUAAUGGUAUGGAAGCGUUCCAGGCUGUGAGCACGGCCCAGCGCAAAUCGGACGCGCGCAAGACGAGUCUCUCCGAUUUGGCCAUAGGCGGCGGCGAGGCGCUGAGCGCCGUCUUCCGCUCGCCGGAGUUGCGCCGCAAGGCGAUACAGGACGCCCUGAACUCGCCCACCUCAGUCCUAACCGACAUCAGCCAGGCCGUGCGGCGCGGAGCCGCCGAGAACAGUAGUUUCGAUCUCGCAUCGCUCGUUCGCACCAAGGCAUCGCUUGCCCUGCUCAAGCCGCCCGAGCCCGAGCCCGAGCCCGAGCCGGUUGUGAAACGGCGGCCGAGUCUGGAACGAAGGCGGCGCGCGCGAGCGUUCAUGAAGACGGUGGAGCGGCGGCAGUCGUUCGAGGGAGACGAGGAGCCCGCGACGCCGCGCGAGCCGAAGCCCGUGCCCGUGCCGGCGGCCGCGAAGCGCACCGGGGCGCGCAGGCCGGGGUUCGACGGUGCCGCAGGAAUCAAGACGAACAUGCGACGCUUUGCGCGGAAAUUCGGCACCGCGAAGGAGCGCCAACAAGCGAUCGCGGACAACGCGAGACUUAAUGGGACGGACGCGCGAACCUACGCCGUCGCGGGUGCCACGGGCUAA